AUGUUCGGCCGCUCCCGCAGCUGGGUGGGCGGCGGGCACGGGAAGGCCGCCCGCAGCAUCCACUCCUUGGACCACCUCAAGUACAUGUAUCAUGUUUUGACUAAAAAUACAACAGUAACAGAUCACAACCGCAACCUGCUGGUAGAGACUAUUCGUUCUAUAACAGAGAUCCUUAUAUGGGGGGAUCAGAAUGACAGCUCAGUAUUUGACUUUUUCUUGGAGAAGAAUAUGUUUGUUUUCUUCUUGAACAUCUUGCGUCAGAAGUCUGGUCGUUACGUGUGUGUACAGCUUCUGCAGACUCUGAACAUCCUUUUUGAGAACAUCAGUCAUGAAACGUCACUGUACUACCUGCUCUCUAAUAACUAUGUAAAUUCUAUUAUUGUCCACAAAUUUGACUUUUCUGAUGAGGAGAUCAUGGCAUAUUACAUAUCAUUUUUGAAAACUCUUUCCCUGAAACUCAACAAUCAUACUGUACAUUUCUUUUAUAAUGAGCACACUAAUGACUUCGCUUUGUACACUGAAGCUAUUAAAUUUUUUAACCACCCAGAAAGUAUGGUCAGGAUUGCUGUUAGGACUAUAACUUUAAAUGUCUACAAAGUGGACAACCAACCUAUGCUGCAUUACAUUAGAGAUAAAACUGCUGUCCCUUAUUUCUCCAACCUCGUUUGGUUUAUUGGAAGCCACGUGAUAGAACUGGAUAACUGUGUGCAGACUGAUGAAGAGCACAGAAAUAGGGGCAAACUGAGUGACCUGGUAGCAGAACAUCUUGAUCAUUUACAUUACCUCAAUGAUAUCCUUAUCAUUAAUUGUGAAUUUUUAAAUGAUGUGUUGACAGACCACCUACUUAAUAGGCUCUUUCUUCCCCUCUAUGUGUAUUCAUUAGUAAAUCAAGAUAAGGGUGGAGAGCGUCCAAAAAUAAGUCUCCAAGUUUCUCUCUAUCUUCUUUCUCAAGUUUUUCUAAUUAUACAUUAUGCCCCUUUGGUGAACUCAUUGGCUGAGGUUAUACUUAAUGGUGACCUCUCGGUGUUUUCUUCUAAAGUUGAGCAAGAUAUACAGAAAAACUCAGCAAAGUCAAGUAUCAGAUGUUUCAUAAAACCAACAGAAACACUUGAGAGGUCUCUUGAAAUUAACAAACAGAAGGGGAAGAAGAGGGUGCAGAAAAGACCCAACUAUAAAAAUGUUGGUGAAGAAGAUGAAGAGGAGAGAGGAUCUGAAGAUAACCAAGAUGACCUAGAUAAAACUAAAGGUACAGAAGCGAGUUCAAAGGGCAUCAGAACAAACAGUGAAAAUGAAGAAAUAGAAAUGGUAAUCAUGGAGAGAUGUAAACUGUCAGAAUUGUCUAUCUCUGCUGUGACAGAACAGAAUACAACAGAUGAAGAAAAGAGUGCAGCUGCCUCUGGGAGUGAGAUAACAAAUUGGAACAGGCCUUUUCUCGAUAUGGUCUAUAAUGCAUUGGACUGUGCUGAAGAUGAUUACUAUGCCCUCUUUGUGCUCUGUCUUCUAUAUGCAAUGUCACACAACAAAGGAAUUGACCCAGUCAAGCUGGAGAGAAUUCAACUUCCAGCUCAACAUGCUGAAGAGAGAAAUUCAUAUAAUCAUGUACUUGCAGAAGGGCUCAUCAGGAUAAUGAAUUAUGCUGCACAACCAGAUGGAAAAAUCCGUUUGGCAACUUUAGAACUUGGCUGCCUGUUGCUGAAGCAGCUUGUGUUUUCUAAAAAUGGCAGCAUCAUAAAAAAUGUUCACCUUGCUUGCCUUGAGGGUGCAAGGGAGGAAAGUGUUCAUCUCCUUCGUCGUUUCUAUAAGGGAGAAGAAAUUUUUCUGGAUAUGUUUGAAGAUGAAUACCGGAGUAUGACAAUUAAACCCAUGAAUGUAGAGUACUUGAUGAUGGAUGCCUCAAUCUUGUUGCCUCCAACGGGGACACCACUGACUGGUAUUGAUUUUGUGAAAAGAUUGCCUUGUGGAGAUGUGGAAAGAACACGAAAAGCAAUCAGAGUUUUCUUUAUGCUCCGUUCACUAUCACUGCACUUGCGAGAUGAGCCAGAAACUCAGUUACCGCUCACAAGGGAGGAAGGUCUGAUUAAGACGGAUGAUGUUCUUGACUUGAAUAACAGUGAUCUCAUUGCUUGUACCGUCAUAACAAAGGAUGGGGGUCAAGUUCAAAGAUUCCUGGCUGUGGAUAUUUACCAGAUGAGUUUGGUUGAGCCAGAUGUUGCCAGACUUGGAUGGGGAGUAGUUAAGUUUGCAGGCCUUUUGCAGGAUAUGCAGGUGACGGGAGUAGAGGAUGACAGUAGAGCUCUGAACAUCAUAAUUCAUAAGCCUGCCUCAAGUCCUCAUUCUAAGCCCUUCCCUAUCCUUCAAGCUACAUUUAUUUUUUCUGAUCACAUUCGCUGCAUUAUUGCAAAACAACGUCUUGCAAAAGGCCGUAUCCAAGCUCGGCGUAUGAAAAUGCAGAGAAUAGCAGCUCUCCUGGAUCUUCCUGUUCAGCCUUCAACUGAAGUUAUGGGUUUUGGACACAGCUCUGCAGCUACAGCCCAACACCUUCCAUUUAGAUUUUAUGAUCAGGCACGACGUGGUAGCAGUGAUCCUACAGUGCAACGCUCUGUUUUUGCAUCUGUUGACAAAGUUCCAGGCUUUGCUGUAGCCCAGUGUAUAAAUCAGCACAAUCCAUCACCACUGUCAUCACCGUCACCUUCCAGUGGCAGUGGGAGUACGGGGCGCUGUGAUUCACUGACUGCAAGCUCAACAUCCACUCCUGCUGCACAGAGCCCAUCAGAUGAUGCUUCAGCUCCAGAGCAGCCUCAGAUGACCAUUUCUGGUCAGAUGGUCAUUUCUGGUCAGAUGAUGUUGGCUGAUGAAACGCUUUCAGCUGUCUCAAAGUCUAGCAAGAACACUGUAAAAAACAGUGACAUAGAAACAGCAAACCUGUCUCCUAGCCUGAUUCCUGCACAGCAGCCCACAAUAUCAUUAAUAACAGAUGAUAAUACAGAUGCACUAAGUGUAGAGUCACUUACACUGGUGCCACCAGUUGAUCCACACAGCAUUCGAACAUUCAGCUGCAUUCCUCAGUCUUCUUUGCAAUCUGAAGUUGAAGUUUGCAAGGAAGAAGGUCACCACAUCUAACUGAUAAUUCCUUUGCAAGUCUGAAACUCAAAAGGAAAGGUAUUGUGUAGUUUUUUUCCUAUCUGGGAUAGUAUCACAGUUAAACAACAUUGCUACAUAAAAGUGAUUCUGAGUUUAUACUUGCCUUACUUUGCUUCCUAGAUCCUGAUACCAAGUUGACAGAAAGUAGUGAAAGAGUGUUAAUUAAAGUUUAGAAUGUUCUUUGCUGAUUUGAUACGUAAUUUAACAUGAAUGGAAUUUAAGAUUUAUCAUCAAUUUCCAUGUGUGUUAAUUUAAAUUAAUAGUAAAAUGAGCAGAUUGUCAUUAUUAGUCUGCUCAUAACUUUGAGUGCUUUCUGGCUCUCAAAGGUUGAAGACCACUAUUUACUUUACUUGCUAUGGUGACUUCAGUUAUCAGUGCAGUCUGUGUCCUCAUUCUGUCUCUACUAACAUUGAUUUCAUAUCAAGUAGGUGAAUCUGAAAAGUUUUUGCCUACUUCCCAGUCUCUUAUGGUACCUCUUCCUGCUGUCAGAUGGAAUACUUGAAGUUAUUUUAAAUGUUAUAUUUACAUAUGGGACUGACUAAUCCACAAGUAUAACUUUGCUCGGUUUUUCCAUCUUUUCCUUCACGUAGUAACUUAAUCUUUAUAAAACGUGUAUACAAAGUGUCUGUUGUUGAACACCAGCAAUUUUUUUUCUUCCUUUAUUAGCUUUUGCAUGCAGUUUUGUUGAUUUCUAGUUUUCUGUGACUUCUACUUUGUCUCAAAUUGAAUUAACCAAUAUUCUGACCAUUGCAGAGUGGCCCAAACUCUAAAUGAAUUCUGAGAGUUAGGUGUCCUCAGCACUGCUAUGGAUAUGGGAUGAGAAUUUAGCAUUGCUGGAGUGAGAGCCUGCCUUUUUUGCCUUUUUUCUUUUUUUUUUUUUUUUUUUGGUCAUAUGCUUAGGGUGAGUUUACACUGCAGUCACUGUUGCAGCUAACGUACAUGUACCUGAACAAGCCUAGACAUCAGUAGCAAUUUGAGCACCAGAACCACAUAAAUUUUUAUUAGCUGAACUGGUUGCAGUCUAGACUUCCUCUAGUAUGUUGCAGCAUUACACUGUAGCCCCAGUAAUAUUCUGAAGAUCAUUAUAAAAAAUGAUGCCUUACUUAAUUUGAAAGCAUUUUAUGUUGUUAAGGUUAACUCUUGACCUAGAUUACACAAAAUGCCACUGUGCAGGCUGAGUUCCCUUAAAUAGAAUUUAUUUUAGACAGGAAAACCUUGAUCUCUAUCUAAUUUCAAAUUCAGUUCUAGCAAGAUUGGGACCAUGCACAAGGAGUCUUUUUAAUGGGUAUGCAUAAUCUCACCCUGGAGCCGGACUGCACAAGAAAUGGGACAAAGGGAAAGAAAGCUGACUUAGUGCUUUUCAUUGCCUUUGAGUGGCUUUUAAAUCUCAUGACCAGUUGUCUACUGAGCUUCACAGGAAAUGACAGAGAUGAUAGAUAGUAUUAUUAGGAAAAUAGAAGACUAAGUCUACUGUCUAGUCUACUGCUGGCAGAGCCUUGCUGGUCAAGGGGUGGUAAGGUGGGAUAUGUUUUAGCAGUUCUAUCAAAGGCUCUCUCCAAAGAUGGAAUUAUACUAGGAAAGCUCUGACUGCACGAGAGCUCUAUCAGUGUUGUGUCGUUACAUAAGUGCUACAACUGGUACAGACCAACCUAAGUCUCUGAAUGGUUAUGCCACAGAAGCAAUUGAUUUUUGACUUGUUUGCUUCCAAUAUUAAGGCAUAUGUGUAUACAAUUUGGCUGUGCUUCAUGCUGCAUUAGGAGACUUCAGAAUGUAAAAGCUCUGGAGAUGCUGAAAUAAUCUGUCAUUGGCAAUCUUUUAUCUCUGCAAGUGCGGUGUUACUCAUCUACAAUUCCUUGAAGAGUAUCGUAUCUCUCUCCCUUAUCAGAAAAACUCAAGGGCUGUUUUCUUAUCCCCCUUUCACUGUAAAAAGGAAACUCAACCAAGAAAGCAUUAGCACAUCAGCCACAAAUGCAAUUUUUUCCUGAACAAAAGUUGAUUUGAGUCAGUGUAACAUCACUCUUUUUAACCAAGACCAAAUACCAAGCUGCAAAUGAGAGCAGCAGCUAAACAACUGACCAUUCAAAAGGCUCACUAUUUCAGUGUAAUACUGCAGAGGGAGGUAGAAUCACUCUAAAAUAAAUAUAGCAAUGUUCCAGAGCAAAAUGCCAAAAUUUUGGAGAGAUGCUAAAUUCUCAGUGUUUGUUUGUAGAGGCUAUGCCUAUCUUCAGUCAUAUUCUGUUAACAUAAAACAGUUCCAUUAUUCUCUUCCUUUUGAGAAGAGAAGCCAAGGAAGCCAGGGCAUACUGAAUGUUACUUUGCUAUUUUAUGGUCUAUGUGUCUCAUUUUAUCAAAUUUUACCAAGAUAUUACUUGUUUAACAGAACUAUGUAUUGCCUUCACUGUUAGGUCUUACUGCCUCUUGCUGGUCCCCUUUGCUUUUCUGUCAUCCAGUGUACAACAAUGAACAAGACUCGAGCUUUUCAUUUGUGAAGAGAGUAAUGGCAGCAUACACUUGGUAAUAUGGUAAAGAAUGGGAGGGAGGAAGCAUUAGUGCCCGAUUCUAAUGUCUGCUUCACCAUGGAAGUAAUGCUUACAGUGUAAAAGUUGUGUGCAAAAAUUAAUUGUUUUGCAGAAAUUCUUUGAUAUAGAAAGAAACCAAAGGUUAAGCUUCCCGCACUUCAUUUUACAAGCUGUGUGGAUUAAACCAAAUUCAUUAGAAAUGUGGUCACAUAUAUUAAUACUAAAAGCUGGAUUUUGUGUGUGAAGUUAUGAAUUAUAUACAAUAUAAGGACUGAGCUCAUUUGUAUUCUCCACUGCUAAUUCAUGAUAAACUAAAAUUCUGACUUCUUUUCCUUAAAUUAAGCUGAGCUUAAAAAAAAAGAUAUAAAGUUACACCUGUUAAAGAAGCUCCUCAACGUUCUUCACUUUACAACACAGUUGGAAUUUUCCUUGGAUGUCACUUGGUGAGGAAAAAUUGGCAAUAUCUUCCAGAAUUCAUUUAUUCUUUUGCAAUAUUGUUGCUAAAGGACAGGUAUGUGAUAUUUUAAAACUCUUCUUCCAUAUCCAGAAUUUAAGACUCAAAUCUAGAUCAGUAUUCAGAGUUUAAGUCAAUGUCCAGUGAUUCAUAUGAACCCUUUGCCCAGUAGAGACAGAAUACAGGGGGAUAUAAAGUUCCUUUGUGGAUUUGAAGUAUUCUUGUGUGUAGAAUUUUAAAACUGAUGGUUAAAAUAGUUUGUUUAUAGCAAAAUCAGCAAUCUUUAGGAUUGAAGUUACUGUGAUUUUUUUUUUUUUUCUAAUUGAGCAGCAAGACAUGAGUGACUAUAAUUUCCACACUUACUGCAAGUGGCCUGGGAUGAUUACUUUAAGCAAUCUAGGAAUUCAAUAAUUGCCCUACAAUUAGGUGUCAUUUUACUAGUAGUAAAUUAAACUUAAAACUGUAUGCUUGAUAACAUGGGUAAGCUAUCAGACAAGCAGGUCAAACUGUAUGUAUAAGUAUGAAGCCACUUCAUAAAAGUAAACACUUGAACGACAUGGUGCUGUCAGUGCUCUAGUCUAAUCAGUCACUCUUUUCACUGCACAUGUUAUAGGUAAAUAACUACAGAAUAGCCUAAUGAAUAGUUUCACUAACCUGCAUGUA